AUGCUGGAGUCGACCUGCAGGGCCUUCUUCGACCUGCAAGGAGUCCAGCUCCGUCCCGCCCCGGAUGCAGUCAUGACGACCCACUGUGCUCGAGUGGUAGAGAGCGCACCCGCACAGAACAGAUCCGAAGCGGUAGAGGGACAGAUAGACGUACCUGCCGCAAACUGGGACGCAAAUCCAAGAGUUGGGUUUAUUUCAUAUUCCCGCCGACCUGCACCGAGGGAUGUACUGAGUGGCCCGACAUCAAGGGCAGCCACUGCUGACGAGCGUGAUAGGUCUGGAGAUAGGCAGCACAGGUUUGCUGAUCGGGUUAGGAUGCCGCAGGAACGCGAAGCACGGACGGAGAUCGACUUGGCAAGCGUAGCAGAUGAAGGCGAGGAGGGUGUAGAAGAUCCACAGCUGCCAAGUCAGGUCGAACAGGCAGAGGAGCACUGGAGGAAGGCGGCUGAUGAAAAGCGGAUGGUCGAAGCAGAAGCCAAGAGUAGACGGGCUGAAGAGAUGCAGCGGCGCAGUGAUGGUGGCACCGAUCCUACCGUCUCUUUCCCGGGAACUGGAGACAUACGUGAAGCAUGGGAGCGUGGGGCACGAGCCGCUGCAAGGGCACACGUGGGAGAGGCAGGAGAGGAGCUCGCCAGCAAUGUGCGGCAGCAUAUCGAGGAGGAUAGGGGAUACGUGAAAGUUCGCUUGCCUAGCCUAAAGCGGAAGGCGGCAGAAGAGGCCCGGAGAGGGGACGUCGACGUGCCAGAGAAUUCGGGAGAGGCGAAAAAGAAGGAGGAGAGCAACGCGGGUGCUAAGGCUCAUAAGAUGGUGGAGGUAGAGGCGCACCAGAAUGCAGAGGAUGCGGCCCAUCGGUUCGUCGAUGCAGAGGCGGUACUUACGGCAGAGGACGGGGCGCCAAAGGAAGCAGAGUCUGCGGCGCAGCAGAAGGUGGGUGCAGAGGCGGUCAAGGGUGCGGAGGCAGUCGCGCGUAAAGAAGCGGGUGCAGCAGCAGAGCUGACGUCGGAGGCAGUCGAGCUGAUGGUUGUGGAGGCAGUGGCGCAGAAGGAAUCAGAGGCAAUGGCGAGCCAGAAGGAUGAGGCAGCGGCGCAGCAGAAUGAUGAGGCAGACGCACAUAAGGAAUCAGCGGCAGCAGCGCAGCAGAAGGAUGAGGGUGCGGCGCCCAGGAUGGUUGAGGCAGAGGCGCAGAAGGAAUCAGAGGCAGCGGCGCAGCAGAAGGAGGAGGGUGCGGCGCCGAAGAUGGUUGAGGCAGAGGCGCAGAAGGCAUCAGAGGCAGCGGCGCUGCAGAAGGAGGAGGGUGCGGCGCCGAAGAUGGUUGAGGCAGAGGCGCAGAAGGCAUCAGAGGCAGCGGCGCUGCAGAAGGAGGAGGGUGCGGCGUCGAACAUGGUUGAGGCAGAGGCGCAGAAGGAAUCAGAGGCAGCGGCGAGGGAGAAGGAUAAGGCAGCGGCGCUGCAUAUGGAGGAGGCAGACGCACAUAAGGAAGGAGAGGCUCGGAAUAAGGCAGAAGCAGCGGCGCGGCAGAAGGCGGAGGCAGAGGAGCAGAAACAGGCUGCGGAAGAGGCACUACAACUGGCUCGGGCUGAAGCGCGGAAGAAGGCUGUUGUAGAGGCGCAGAAGAAGGCGGAGGGUGUUGCGCAGAAGAUGUCAGAGGCCGAGGAGCAGAAGCAGGCUGAGGCAGACGCACGAAGGAAGCCAGAUGGAGAGGACGGUUCAGAUGGGAAUAAAAUGGUACAGACAGAGGGACGGGAGACGGCGGGUGCUGAGGGGCACAUCAUCGCAGAGGAAGAGGGGCAGCAUAACGAGGAGGCAGCGUCGCAGGUAUUCGCAUACCGAGAGACGCAGAGCAUGGCAGAGACAGGGCGUCAAAAUACUAUGGAGGAGGUUCGUGUCGUCCCGGAGGCUGGAGUGGGGCACUACGAGGGAGAUGCGCUGGAAACAGAAGAGGAGCAGAAUGAGGAGGAUACGGUACAUCCGGCAGUACGGAUAUUUUUGGGAGGAAGUCCGACGCGGGGACCAGGAACCGGGGUAGAGGGGCCAUGGAGGGUGGCAGACGAUGGGGCGCCUAGGGAUACAGUGGGUCUCAACAGGCAGAGGCGGCCCACCCUUCACCAGAGAGCAGUGGAGAGGAAUCUCGGCCAAGGCGGGGUGGCAGAAGCGUUUUGGCAGGUAGAGUGGGUCGAGGCAGAGACGGCAAUACGGCGGAUGCUGCAUCGGACGAGUAUAGUCCUGGUCGAACAAGGUGACAGGUUCGUCGAGGCCGAAAGCUGGGACAUAAGCCCGGCAGAGGUAACGCGUCGUCUGACGCUCUUAGCCCGAAUGGUGACGCAGACGUUCUGCAACUUGGCGGCCCGCAACAGCAGCAUCAGUCGCGACGUGGCCGAUCUGACCGUCCAUUACUGUCGCGACGCCCUGGCCAACCUGGAAGAAGUCCGCCAUGGAAACGAGGAACGGCGGCGCCAAGCUGAAACGGCGGCCAGGUUUCGCGAGGAGGUGGACACGAGACUCUCCAACUUGCAGGAGAGUAUCGUAAGGGUGAGUGAUCAGGUUCGCCAGUCGGGAGGGGGGAUGGCGGAGGGCACGUUAAAGGGGGUGGAAGAGAGGUUGAGAGAGGUUCUGAGAGAAGAGUCUGAGCGGCGGAACAGGGAUAGACUGCAGGACGAGGAGCGGAGGCAGAAGGCCAUGAGGAAGGAAGCAGACGCCGCAGAGAGACGGAAGAAGGAACAACAGCAGGAGGAAGUGCGUCGGCAGAAGGAGAUGAGAGAGGGAAUGAAGGAGAUGAAGGAGGCGAUGAUGAAGGAGAUGAAGGCAGAAAUGAAGGAGAUGAAGGAUGGGAUGGUAAACCAGAUUGUGGGGAGGUUGAGCGCGGUUUUGCGAGAAGAAUCCGAGCGGCAGAAGAAGGAGAGGCAAGUGGACGCGGAGCGGCGACAACAGCAGGACGCGAAGAGGAAACAAGUGGCGGACGACGAGGAGAGACGCAAGAGGAUACAACUGGACGAGCAAUGGCGGAAGGAGGAGGAGGUGAAGAGGAAGGACGUAGAGGCCACAGAGCGGCGGAGGAAGAACAAACAUCAGGAGGAAGAGCGACGGCAGAAGGAGGUGGAGGCGGGAAUGAAGGAAGUGAUGGAGGCUGUGAAGGAGAUGAAGACGGGGAUUACGGGGUGGAAGGAGGGGAUGAUAAGUGAGGUGGAAAAGCGGCUGUCAAUGGUUCUGAGAUUGGACGCAGAGCGGCGGCAAAAGGAGGAGCAGGGUAGGAAGGCAACGGAGGGAGAUCGGCGACAGAAGGAGGAUGCGCAGAGGAAGGAGGCAGAGGAAGCAGAGCGGGUGGAGAGGGAGAAACAGCAAGAGAUGGCGCUCCUGCAGAAGGAGGAGGCGCAGCGGAAAGAUGCAGAGGAGGCCGAGAGGCAGGAGAGGGAGAAACAGCAGGAGAUGGCGCGCCUGCAGGAGGAGGACAGGCAGAGGAAGGAGGCAGAGGAGGUAGAGCGGCGUCAGAGGGCGAAACAGCAGGAAUUGGACCGCCUGCAGAAGGAGGAGACGCAGAAGAAGGAGGCAGAGGAGGCCGAGCGGCAGCAGCGGGCGAAACAGCAGGAGAUGGAGCGCCUGCAGAAGAAGGAAGCGCAGAAGAAGGAGGUAGAGGAGGCCGAGCGGCAGCAGAGGGCGAAACAGCAGGAGAUGGAGCGCCUGCAGAAGGAGGAUGCGCAGAAGAAGGAGGCAGAGGAGGCCGAGCGGCAGCAGAGAGCGAAACAGCAGGAGAUGGAGCGCCUGCAGAAGGAGGAAGCGCAGAAGAAGGAGGCAGAGGAGGCCGAGCGGCAGGCGAAACAGCAGGAGAUGGAGCGCCUGCAGAAGGAGGAAGCGCAGAAGAAGGAGGCAGAGGAGGCGGAGCGGCAGCAGAGGGCGAAACAGCAGGAGAUGGAGCGCCUACAGAAGGCGGAGCAAUGCCGAGCAGAGAUGAGGGCCAGACUUGCAUCCUACGCGGAACAGCAGCGGCAACUGGAGGCAAAGGCAAAGGCGAUGGCUGAAGAGACGGAACGAUUGGCAAGGGAGAUGGAAGAGGAGGAUUUGACCAUGCAGGGGGAGGGGACCUGGACAGGAGUCGAGGAGGAUUUGACCAUGCAGGGGGAGGGGACCUGGACAGGAGUCGAGGAGGAAAUAGUUGAGGGGUUGGGGACUUUGCUGUUGAUUGAGAGCGGGGAGGCGAAUGUAGCAGAGGGCGUGCCUAGUGUUCCUGUACGGAAUGUAGAGGUGUCCAGGAGGCGGCCUAGACAAGAGGACAGGGAGCCGGAGGGUCAUGCGGCUAAGAGACGGCGUGCAGCUGGAAUACAGGAGUUGAUACCCAUAAUCCAAGGGGAAAAGAAAGGGAUGAAGAUCGACAAGUGUGACAACAGGAAAAACGCCGUAGUGGACGACAAGGGUAAGACUUUGGGUGUCUGCCUGCCGUUCAGGGGAAGCGGGUUCUCUCAACGGGGCGAGGGAGCUUUGCAGAAGUGGACGUCUGAGCAGACCGUCGGCGGCCGGAAGCGGAACCUCGGCUCUCACAAAACGGUGUGGGAGAGGGCAUACACGGUCGCAGUCUGCUGGAAGUUCUACUUCCCGGAUAUUGACAUGCAGGCAUACGGCAUGAAUCCAAACCGUAUUAACAAGUGGCGGGAAGACCUCGACUUCACAACGUGGCUUCCAACAGGGGUGUGGAGCGUCAUCAACGAACUCCACCUGGACAAACCGGACGGGUGA